CCAUCGCUCCUCCCCGCUUCAAAAGGAAGGAAAGGGCGAGCCCCAGCCCGACGUGGGGUGCGAGCGCAGCUGAGGUGCUUGAGCCACCAGCCCUUUGAAAGCCUCCUGUUGCAGACCUCUGCAAAAGACAGACCAACUCAUCACAGCAGUGAGCGGCCAGCAGUCCCUGUGCUGCCAGGAUGGAGAGUCGGCAGCACACCAAGGAGCCCGAGAUCGAGCUUUUUGUGAAGGCUGGUCUGGAUGGAGAAAACAUUGGAAACUGCCCCUUCUGCCAGCGCCUCUUCAUGGUGCUGUGGCUCAAAGGGGUCAAGUUCAACGUCACCACGGUGGACAUGACCAGGAAACCUGAAGAGUUGAAAGAUUUAGCGCCGGGCACCAACCCACCUUUCCUGCUGUUCAACAAGGAACUGAAAACAGACUUCAUUAAGAUCGAGGAGUUCCUGGAGCAGACCCUGGGCCCACCCACGUAUCCGCAUUUAAGCCCCAAGUACAAGGAGUCCUUUGACGUGGGGAGUGACAUCUUUGCCAAGUUCUCAGCGUACAUCAAGAACCCACGCAAGGAAGCAAAUAUCAAUUUUGAGAAAGCCCUGCUGCGGGAGUUCCAGCGGCUGGAUGUCUACCUAAACACCCCUCUCCCAGAGGAGAUCGACCAGGACAGUGUUGAAGACAUCACUGUCUCCAAGAGGAAAUUCUUGGAUGGAGACCACUUGACGCUGGCUGAUUGCAACCUCCUGCCCAAGCUGCACAUCAUCAAGAUCGCAGCCAAAAAGUACCGUGACUUUGAGAUCCCAGCAGACAUGACAGGUGUCUGGCGCUACCUCAACAACGCUUAUGCCUGUGAUGAGUUCAGCCACACGUGUCCUGCGGAUGAGGAGAUAGAGCACACCUACGCCAGUGUUGCCAGGAAGAUGACCUAAUCCUGCUGCAGGGGGCACCGGCAGCGCUGCCCCAGGCGGAGCCCUCCACCUCCACAGUCCUGACACAACCCAGCCCCGGCCAAGGGAGGGACUGGAGGGGUUUAUGGCAUCGCUACCCACCGCCUUUCAGAAAUAGCGCCUUGCUUCGCAGCUGCCCUCCUCCUCCUCCGCUGGCUGCAGCCCCUGUGCAUCACCUGUACAGACCAGCCCCUGCACGGCUGCGGCGACAACUGCAGCCCUCGACCCUGAAAAUGGGUCUCAUGUCCUGCGACCCUGUGCCAAGGGAAAAGCUGAGCAUUAGCCUUCCCCAGCAGUGCUUUGGUGGAAGAGAUGAGACUACCAGCCACGCCUCCGCUGCUGCAGCUGCUUUGCUCUGUCAGCCCCGGUUGGUCCCAGCCACCCCGUAUGCUUGGGAAGAGGUGUCCUGGUGGCCCAGUGCAGCACCUAGGCUGGAGCUGUUUGAAUCCACCUGGUUGCCCUUCUGCACAGCACCCUGAAUUUGUGCAAGUCCCCUCUUCCACCAAGGCAUCCCGGCUCCAUCUGAAGACCUUGAAAGGCUCUGCUCCCCGUGGUUUAUUGCAGUGGCAGAUUCUCUCACUGCUAGAGAGCUGUGACUCCCCAGCAGGACGCGGGGCAGGAUGGUGCUGGAGGUGACACCUGGUGCAAAAGUGCCAGGACCUGCUGUGGGAAGGGCAAAGGGGUGUGGGGACUUGCAAAAGGUUGAGGAUCAGGGCAUCCCUCCCAUGUAUGCCAGCACCCGGGGCCUCGUGCUGCUGCCUGCAAGGUCCCGCCUUGCUUCUAUGAGGCGAGCAACCUCUCCCUGUCUUGCAGGAUGCUGCAAGAGAUGCAGCCAUGUGCAGCUCCAGCUCCAGCGCUUCCCUCCCUGGUGCCCACCAAGUGCCUGAUUGGGAGACAAAGGCACGGGGGAGGGUUUACACACCCCAGUACCGGAAAGCCCAGAAGAGCAAGCAAAAGCUGCUUUUCGAAGUUCUGUGUGCAUAGGAGAUAGGAAGGCAGGUCUGGUGCUUCCUGGCUCGGCGUUGUGCCUUCCCAUCCAGCGUCACUGAUGUGAGAGGAGUCAAAGCCGCUCUGUGUAACCAUGACAUCCCAUUUAAUACCUCCAGCUCCCCCAAGGGCUCCUGCCAGUGCCUGUGAAUUCCGCCAGCCCCUCGGCAAAGCAAUACUGUACGGUGAGCGUGGUGGGGACGGCAGAACCCCUCCAGCCCUCACUGCCACUUCCCUCUUUGCACUAAAAGGUGUGUCCUCGCAAGCACUGGGUUGGGGGGACUGGGUUUGUUAUUAAUAGGUUUUGUUUUGUUUUCUUUGGAUUUUUUUUUUUUUAACUAAGAACAGCAAUAAACUCUAUUUUA